AUGAACGCCUUUGUCAAUUCCUCCACUGGCUUCAAUGCCACAGGUGCGGCCGGUGCCGAGGUCAGUCAAGAGUUUGUGAGUGGCGCUCGCGCUCUGGGCGUCCUCCAUGCGUCUGCUGCCGUUGCCGUCACUGCUAUCCUGAUGAGCGGCUUUGAAGCUGGACGCAAAAUCCUCCUCCGAAUUCUUUGGUUCUUUGACAGUCUGCUGGGCGCCGCCCCUCAUUCAGUCACUCUUCCUGGCCCUCCCGGCCUUCCUAUCGUUGGUAAUCUUUUUGACUUGAGCGGUGGCCACGUCCAGAAAAUCAACGAGUGGACCGGCAAGUACGGCGAUGUGAUCCGCGUCUCACUUGGUCAGCGUGAAGCCGUCUUCGUCAGUAGCCACAAGGCUCUGGCAAAGACUGUCGUCCGGCAGGGACCCGCAUACCAGUCGCGGCCCACCUUCAAGCUCUUCCACAACGAUUUUGCGUCCUCUGGUAUCUGGACUGUGGGCACCUCGCCCUUCAGCGACCGCCUCGUUCGCACUCGCAAGGCGCUCUCUGCCCAGAUUGCCCCUCGUCUGCUGCCUGUCUACACGCCCGUCAUUCACCCCAAGCUUAAGAAGCUGUUUGGUGACAUCCUUGAGAUCAGCAAGGGUCCUUCUGUGGACAUGGCUGAGAAGCUCCACCGUUUCGGCACCGGCCAGGUCUCUGAGCAGCUCAUGGGAACCCCCCUGGACGACGACAUGGUGGGCAUGCUCGCCGAGAACGAAACAAACAUCUUCCGUCAGCGCACCGUGGGCUCUCCCGCUCGGGACUACAUCCCCAUCAUGCGCGGCGCCAGCUGGCUUCGCUAUGUAGCCGGCAAGAUGCUGGGCAUCAAGGAGUGGACCGUCGACGAGAAGGAGGAAAAGGCCCGCGAGUACCGCCGGAAACAGCAAGUAUACAUCAGUAAGAUGCUCGACGGCCUCCGGGCCCGCGUCGAAGCCGGCGACCAGACUCCCUCCAUCCUGGGCAACAUCCUCCGCCAGGGCCUUCUGAAAGACGAGGAAAUCCUCCUGGCUUCCUACACCGGCAUUGCUGCGGGCGUCAACCUUGGCUACUCACUCACAUGGAUCAUCGGCUACCUCGCCAACAGGCCAGACCUGCAGCAGAACGGCUACGAGGCUAUUCGCGAAGUGUACAACGGCGAGCCGCCCCUGCCCCAUGAGUUUGACCGCGUCGAGUAUGUCAAAGCUCUGCACACCGAAGGCUCUCGUAUCUACACGCCCGUGCGUCUCGGCUUCCCGCGCGAGACACUUGACGGCGCCAGCUACGACGGCCACGAGAUCCCUCCCGGCAUGCUCGUCAUCAUGAACCUGAUGGCCGGCAACCGCGACCCCGUCGCCUUUGACCGCCCGAAUGAGUACCUCCCCGAGCGCUGGCUCAACGGCCGCAAGGGCCGCACCGACCUGAUGGGCGAGGGCGGCGACAAGCUCGGCGUCACCCACCUGACCUACGGCGCCGGCCGCCGCGUGUGCCCCGGCAUCGACAUGGCCAACCGCGGCCUCUACUCGACGCUCGUGCUGCUGCUGCACUUCUUCACCUGGGAGCGGCAGCCGCUCGCUGAGGAGCAGAGGAAGCACGUCUUCCCGCCGUUCCGUGCGGAGCGUGAGUGCUCGCUCGAGAUGGACGCCUUGGCCGACACGGCCACGCCCACCGAGGCGCAGGCCAUUCCGUGGUCCGCCGGCAUCAAGUUCCACUGCCGCGACCCGGCUGCUCUGGAGGCUUGGAUCAGCUCCAAGGACACGUAA